AUCUGCUGGCCCGCGACGCACCUCACGCUCUCGGUGCUCAACCACGAGGCGCGCCCGGCACUCUGCUGGGCGGUGAUCGGGACGACGACGUGCUACAGCCGGAGCAUCCAGCUCUGGGUGACGUCCAACAUCGGGCCCGCGCCUGCACCGCCUGCACCCGCAGCCGCCGCCGAAGCCGACAGGUCGCGUUCGGCUGGGGUGGUGGGACAGCCGUCGCCGCUGCGCCAGUCGGUGCUUGCGCGGGCGAGCGGGAUGCGCGAGGAGUGGAUGCGGCUGAGGAGGCGGCGCUGGGAUUGGGGCGCGGUUGGACGCAAGUGCGUGCUCCCCGCUGGGAUCGUGUAUUUCGUGAUGGCGUGGGCGGAGAUGCUGAGACGGGAGUGGGAGCGUGCGGGCCCGGGUGUUUAG